GCCAACGUCACUCAUUCCUCGCACACCUCCGAAUUCCCUCUCCCCUCGAUCCCGAUCAAUGGGGACGUCAUUCCUCGACUGCUGCUGAAUCUCUCACUCGGACGCCUGCGCUGCAACUCAAUCACCACAUUAAUCUCGUCUCGUCGACCGGACACCUUCGGCGACUCCGCAAUCAUGGCGGCUGGACUCAAGACCAUCAUCGCGCUCUCGUUUGUGCUUGCGAUCGGAUUCCUCCUCGUCAUUCUCUCCUCUGCUCUCUGGCACAAGUACUGGCCUCUGCUGGUCGUUGCAAUCUAUAUCAUUGCGCCGCUCCCCAAUUGGAUCUGUGGACGAUGUGCGAACCCAGACGAUUUCAUGGACAGCUCGAGUAACUCGGCUAUGGACUUUGGGCGGUUUAUGACCGGAUUCCUAGUCCUGACUGGUAUUGCUCUCCCGGUCGUUCUGGCGCACAGCGGGGCGAUUGAAAUCCCUGCUAUGAUCAUGUCUAUUUUCGGAGGCCUUCUUAUUUAUGGAACUAUCAUCAGCUUUUCCAUGUUCUUCCAAGAACAAGAGGAGUUUUGA